CACAGUUGAAGAAACCGCUCUCGGGCUGGACGAAGGCGGAGCAGCAGCUCAGACUGGGCCAACAGAAGAGCCUUACAAUGCCUGGAGCAGUCCGAGGACAGCCCCCGGCGCGAGGCACUCUGGGACUUGUAGUUCGCUUUCCCAGACAGCGCUUUUUCCCACUUGGUCUCCCCGCCUUUCAAUGUCGCUUUUAUUCUUCCCUUUACCUCCCAGCCCGCCGACUUCCUGGUCGUCGCACGUCCUCACGUAUGACUACACUACCCAGAAGUCUCCUCUUCACGUCCCAGCGCGGGCGGGCGCCGGCGGCUCCUCUUGACUACAGGUUCCAGAAGUCCUCUGCAGAAGUGCUUCCCUCUCUCAUUUCCAGGACCACAAUUCCCAGAGACUUCGGCUUCACGACGUUUCUCUUUUUGCCCGAUCUCUCCCGGAGCUGGCUGGGCUUCGGCCGGCCAGAGGCCCACAGCGACGACGUGAUCCGUCGUGAGCGGGUCCCAGGGUUUCCUCGGCGGCCCUUUUUUCUCUCCCCUCGGUCGUCCCCCUUGCAGGCUGUCGCGGCUGGCCUGAGCGGUGACCUGGCGGGUCGCGCCUGCGCUCUGCCCUGUUUCCUGCCUGGCUGGUGGCGGCGGCCAUUUUGUUCAUCCUCCUCCUCCUCCUGCUCCUCCUGGUUGGAGCGCAGUGUCCGGAGCGGGCUGGGGGGAGAGAGCCCGAGAGCAGGGUUCGGUGCCUUUUCCUCUGUCCCCAGCCGGUGCCCAGAGCCCCCCUCCCCUUCCUCCCCACCCCCCCCCUCCCCAACCCUGCCCUCCCCCUUGUCCCGGGAUCGCUCCGUCGCACCCACCAUGAUGGAAGACGACGGGCAGCCCCGGACUCUACACACACAAGCUAAGACAUAUGGUUCUAUCUUCAGAAAACAAUAUGGUGUUUAGAGCCUAGAUACGUAGGUAACCUUUCCAGAGAUGUGACAGAAGUCCUUAUACUUCAGUUGUUCAGUCAGAUUGGACCCUGUAAAAGCUGUAAAAUGAUAACAGAGCAACCCGAUAGCAGAAGGGUCAACUCUUCUGUUGGAUUUUCUGUUUUGCAGCAUACAAGCAAUGACCCAUAUUGCUUUGUGGAAUUUUAUGAACACAGAGAUGCAGCUGCUGCAUUAGCUGCUAUGAAUGGGAGAAAAAUUUUGGGAAAGGAGGUCAAAGUAAACUGGGCAACCACACCAAGUAGCCAGAAAAAAGAUACUUCCAAUCACUUCCAUGUGUUUGUUGGGGAUUUGAGUCCAGAAAUUACAACAGAAGAUAUCAAAUCAGCAUUUGCCCCUUUUGGUAAAAUAUCGGAUGCCCGGGUAGUUAAAGACAUGGCAACUGGAAAAUCCAAAGGCUAUGGUUUUGUAUCUUUUUAUAACAAACUGGAUGCAGAAAAUGCGAUUGUGCAUAUGGGCGGUCAGUGGUUGGGUGGUCGUCAAAUCCGAACCAAUUGGGCCACACGUAAACCACCUGCACCUAAAAGCACACAAGAAAACAACACUAAGCAGUUGAGAUUUGAAGAUGUAGUAAACCAGUCAAGUCCAAAAAAUUGUACUGUGUACUGUGGAGGAAUUGCGUCUGGGUUAACAGAUCAGCUUAUGAGACAGACAUUCUCACCAUUUGGACAAAUUAUGGAAAUAAGAGUUUUCCCAGAAAAGGGCUAUUCAUUUGUCAGAUUUUCAACCCAUGAAAGUGCAGCCCAUGCCAUUGUUUCGGUGAACGGUACUACGAUUGAAGGACAUGUGGUUAAAUGCUAUUGGGGUAAAGAAUCUCCUGAUAUGACUAAAAACUUCCAACAGGUUGACUAUAGUCAGUGGGGCCAAUGGAGCCAAGUGUAUGGAAACCCACAACAGUAUGGACAGUAUAUGGCAAAUGGGUGGCAAGUACCGCCUUAUGGAGUAUACGGGCAACCAUGGAAUCAACAAGGAUUUGGAGUAGAUCAAUCACCUUCUGCUGCUUGGAUGGGUGGAUUUGGUGCUCAGCCUCCCCAAGGACAAGCUCCUCCCCCUGUAAUACCUCCUCCUAACCAAGCCGGAUAUGGUAUGGCAAGUUACCAAACACAGUGAGCCGGGACUCUAAAAAAAAUUGUAAUUCAUGAUAGGCUUCGAUUUCCUGUGACACUCUGAAGACAUGAAAGUAGACAUCGGAAAAUGAAAAUAUUUAUUUUAAAAAUUGAAAUGUUUGGAACCUUUAGCACAGAUUUGCUUUGGUGAAGGACACAUGUCUUCUAGUUCUGCCUUUUUAAGUUUUUGUUCAUGAUGGAUAUGAACAUGAUUUUUCUUUGUGUACAAAAACUAAAAUAAAGUCAAUAAAGACAA